GCCAGCCCCGCUUUUCGGCGAGCUGGGGGAGCAGGAAGCGGCAGAGCCGGCGAGACGGGGCGAGGGGCUCCUCGCGGAAUUGGGGUACUCCUGACAACUCUGAGAACUAGUAAUGGAAACAUGGAGCUUACUUGUCAGACUGAUUCUUAACCGAUGAGGCUUGUACUAUUACUCCAUGGAUGAGGAAAAUGCAGCAAUGAGGAAAAGAUACAAAAAGUUUGGAAAAAGCAAUUUCUGGAGACCAGUCCAUUCACUAUGGAAGCCGAAGAAACGAUGGAAUGCAUUCAAGAAUUCCCAGAACAUUAUAAAGUUAUUUUGGACAGACUGAAUGAACAGCGUGAGCAGGAUCAGUUUACAGACAUUACUCUGAUUGUAGAUGGUCACCAUUUCAAAGCUCAUAAGGCGGUCCUUGCGGCCUGCAGCCAGUUCUUCUACAAAUUCUUCCAAGAUUUCACUCAGGAGCCUUUGGUAGAGAUAGAAGGUGUAAGUAACAUGGCAUUUCGACAUUUAAUUGAGUUCACCUACACAGCAAAAUUAAUGGUCCAAGGUGAAGAAGAAGCAAAUGAUGUUUGGAAAGCAGCUGAGUAUCUACAGAUGUUAGAAGCUAUUAAAGCACUUGAAAUCAGGAACAAAGAAAAUUCAGCACCACUAGAAUCAAAUUCAACACAAGGUAAAAAUAUUACCAAAAAGAGGAAGAUAGCCGAAACCUCCAAUGUCAUCACAGAAACAUUGCCAUCUGCAGAAUCAGAGCCUGUUGAAAUUGAAGUGGAGAUUGCUGAAGGGACAAUUGAAGUGGAAGAUGAUAGCAUUGAAACCCUGGAAGAAGUAGCUUCUGCAGAACAGUCUAUAAAGUAUAUACAGACUACUGGUACAUCAGACGAGUCUGCUUUGGCUCUUUUGGCAGAUAUCACCAGCAAGUACCGUCAGGGGGAAAGAAAAUGCCAGAUCCAAGAAGAAGGUGACAAUGCAACUGAUCCUACAUGCAAACAGGUAGAAGGUAUUGAAAUUGUGGAACUUCAGCUGUCACACAUGAACAAUUUAUUCCACUGUGAGAAAUGUAACCGUUCAUUUAAAUUGUUUUACCAUUUUAAGGAACACAUGAAAACACACUCUACUGAGAGUUACAAAUGUGACAUAUGCAAUAAAAGGUACCUACGAGAGAGUGCAUUGAAACAGCACCUCACCUGUUACCACCUUGAUGAAGGUGGAGCCAGCAAGAAGCAAAGACCUGGCAAAAAAAUACACGUAUGCCAGUACUGUGAUAAACAGUUUGACCACUUUGGACAUUUUAAAGAGCACCUUCGGAAACACACAGGUGAAAAACCAUUUGAAUGUCCAAAUUGCCAUGAACGUUUUGCUAGAAAUAGCACACUCAAAUGUCAUUUGACAGCCUGUCAAUCCGGUGCUGGAGCUAAAAAAGGAAGAAAGAAGCUGUAUGAAUGUCAGGUAUGUAAUAGUGUAUUUAACAGCUGGGAUCAAUUUAAAGAUCACUUGGUAAUACACACUGGUGACAAACCCAACCAUUGUACCUUAUGUGAUUUGUGGUUCAUGCAAGGCAGCGAACUGAGAAGGCAUCUCAGAGACAUUCAUAACAUUUCAGAACGAAUAGUGACAGAGGAGGUUCUUCCAGUGGAAGCUGUGGAAACUGAACCAGUGACAUCAAUGACUAUUAUAGAACAAGUGGAGCAAGUCCAUGUACUACCAGUAAUUCAGGUACAAGUGGAUCCAGCACAAGUAACUGUGGAACAGAUGCAUCCGGAUCUGAUUCAAGAUAAUCACAUGAAAAGUGAACAGAUGGAUGAUCUACAAGAACAGGUACAGAUCAGUUAUGUAGAAGUGGAACACAUUCAGACUGAACAAGGUGCUGAUGUACAGAUGGAGGAGCUACAUGUUGAACAUGUAAAUCAGAUACAAAUGGAAGAGGUACAGGCAGAACUUAUAGAUGAAACAGAUCUAGAACAAGUGGAGUCUGAAAACAUUAAUCAGGGAGAGUUAGAGAACGAAACUUGUGAAAUAGGUGAUGUGGAGACAGUUAAAGAAGAUCAUGAACAAGCUGAAGAUUUAAAAACUCAACAAAUAGUGGACACACAAGAUGAGCAAGUGGAUGAUUAGGACAAAUGACUGUACUGUGCAGGUUUAGGGAUGAAAUACCAAAUUAUUUUUGUUAAUUUCUACAUUGAUUUUUGUACCAACAGUGGUCGGCUCUCCAGCUCUCCAUCGCUGUCCUUAGGAAACCAGAAGGUGGACCAAAUUUAGGAUAUUUCAUAUACAAUUAAAAUCAUCCUAUUGUACUUUAAAAAGAACUUUUCCCCUUUCAUGUAAUGCCACGGAGCAAAAACUAUCCCAGAGAUUGGCAGCUUUAUGAGAAGUGUAAUACUCGGUUGAAUAGACAGUCAUUUGCCCCAUAUGUGUGCAGUUGUUGUCAAUGAGAGACUUCACCCCUCUCAUUUACAAGCCCUUGAUAUAUACUUGCAGAGGAUUUAUUUGUGUGUGUGUGUGUGUGCGUGUGUGUGUGUGUGUGUGUGAGAGAGAGAGAGAGAGAGAGAGAGAGAUGGCAAAAUGCUAGAAUAUGGGGAUUCUGAUGUAUACGUUGAUAUUUAAGGACAGAUGAUUGACCCACUUAGAAAACACACAGAUGUUUGUCAUCCAGCAGCAAUAGCAGCAAUUCUCAAUAUACUUUUUCCUAAUAUCAACAGCCUUCUUUCAGUCCAGUUUGAAAAUGCCAGACUGAUGGUAACAAGUGUUGUCACUAAAGUUCUUGGAGUGCAAAAAGUCGUGUGCCUUUUCAGAAUUGACUAAACUUCCACAAAGCUCCUAGAAUGUUUAAGAAGCUAGUGCAGUAAAAGGCAAUGUAGAUAAUGCUAUAGUGCUUUAUAUUUAUCUUAUAAUUGUCAGCUACCGGCUCUUGCUUUGAAUUUAGAUGGGGGUAGAAUGGAGCAAAUUACACAUUAUGACGAUUGUUGAAAGAGCCACUUACAAUAGGAAAAAAUCAGCUGAAUCCACGGUAAGUGGAGCGGCUGAAAGAUUGUACCAUCUUACCACUUCAAAUUAAAAAUGAAUGCAUUUAAAAACAGAGAAAAUGUGUGUAUGAUAUAUCAGGUUCCUGUUUUGAAAUGAAAUUUUCUCUGACACUUGACAUAAAGAUCUUGUGCUAAAAAAGAAUUAAAGCCAUAGGUAUGAGUGCUAAACUGUGGAUUUAAAAGUAGGAGUGUAAAUAUUUUAAUCAGUAUUAUUGAACAAUAAAACAAUACCAACCAUGAAAAAACUGUGACAUUACUUGCUUCAGUCACUAUAUUAGGAAACAAGUGUUUUACUUUGAGUACUUGUACAGUACAAUAU